UGCUGCUCACGGGGCCCCGCUCGGUUCCGUUCUGUCCCGUUCCGUCCCUCUCGGUUCCGCCCGGUGCUGCCCCGCUCCGUCCGCUCCGCUUUAUGCGCUGCGCCCGCCGCGUAUCGCUCCGCCGGGCACCCACCGCCGCCACAGCGCAAACAGCGCCCGGAGCGGGACGGGACGAACCGGGACGGGACCAACGGGGGGAGAACGGGCGGAACCGGGCGGAGCGGAACCGAGCGGGGACGGCACGGGAGCAGCGGGGACUACUUUGUGUGCCGCGCACGCACAGAACUCUCCAGAAGGGGGAGGGGAGGCGCGGAGGGAUACCGCCACCACAGCGCGUGACGCCAACAUCUCGCGAGAAGCAAAGGCCUCGCGUGACGCAAAACGUUUCGCGAGACGUAGAGGUCUCGCGGUAGUUGCGGCAGGAAGUAGUCCCGGCGCGCCGCCGUGAGGGCGGGGCUGUGUCACUUCAGUUCCGGGUCCGUUCAGUUCCGGGCUCGGCCCAGCACACAGCGCAGUGCGGAGCGGGCGGUGCUGCCCCCAGGGCUCCGUGUGGGGCCGAUACUCUGCGGUAUCUACAUCAGUGGGACCCGGUGUCCCCCCCCCUGCAGCAGCCGAGGCCCGCCGGGCUCUGAGCGCUGCUGAGGGGCUGGGCGGCCUAUGGGGUGUCCCAGCACACAAUGGGGGCAUCAAAGGGCCCCAGCAGCACCAGGGGCUGCUCCAUCCAACACACAGCGACCCAACACACACAGCCAUCCAUUGCUAUGGGCACUGCAGGGGCUGCACAUAAAGGGCGUGGGAAGGGCAGGUCGGGGGUUUAUCUGUUGUCAGAUGGAUGCGGUCAGGUUUGGUGUCACACAAGGUGAGGAGCACAAUGCGGGGAUGAGGAACCUCAGAGCAGGGUGAUGUGUGUGUGUGUGUGUGUGUGUGUGUGUGCAGAAUGUGGCCAGAAAGGCCAUUAAGGCAACGGGAGCACACACUGUGCUGAGUACAGACAGGGCAGCACAGGGCACGGCCUGGGAGCGAAGGAGAGGGGCAGGAAUAGGGUGAGGGGGUUGGAAAGCAGGACAGCGGCACAGCUACGGGCAGCAGCGGGGAACAGGCUGCAGCUACCGGACGGCACCUGCCUGUUGUGGGCACCCCCGGCUCAUGAUGGAGGCAGGGAGCUGUGAGCCUCCCCAGCACCAACACCGGACACAACAGGCAGCUGUGAGCUCACACCGUGCCCUGUGUGCCCGCGGGCAGAGCCCCACGCUCCCCUAUGGGCUGUGCUGGGGAUGCUGCCCAUCAGCCUCACUGCAGGAAUCCAUUUCUGCCCAAGUUCUGCUUGCUCUCAUAACCCGCUCUAAGCAAAACCAAGCUCGCUUUCAUUUCCUUCCUCAUUCUGACCCAGCACGGCGCCUUUGUGAGCUGCCAGAGAUGCCGGGGUUUUCCUGCAUCCACUCCUGCAUGUUACAACAUGGAGCUGCCCAGGACGGUACAAUUGCUGCAGCCAGGGACACCCCGGUGCCCGUCAUGGUCGGCUCCAGGCCUUGCCCAGCCGCCUGCAGCUGCCAGAGCCGCUUUCGUUUUCAUUUUGCUGCGCAGUGAGCAGCCGUGCAGCUCUGCCCUCUCCCUGCCCUGGGAGCUGGUACACACGGCAUUAGCAACCAGAGGAAGUGCAGGCCGUGGCUGUGCUCGCUGAGCGCUGCUACGCCCAUUGCCCGCAGCACAGACAUCCCGGCAGCGCCGAGCAUCACAGCUGCAGCUCGCUGCCCCCCCUUCCUGCUCGCAGAUGCCCCAGGACCCGUCGCCCAGGAGCAGCCCGUCCUCCCUGCUCAUCCCCGAGCCCCGCGCAGGGCGGGCUCGAUACGCGGCGUGUGCGCUGCUGGCCGCGUGCUUCCUGCUGCUGCUGCUGAGCGGGGAGCCCCUGCUGUCCGUCACACACCGCACCUGCACCCAGCUGGCAGCUCUGCAGCUCGGGGUGCUGCUCAAGGGCUGCUGCUGCCUGGCCGAGGAGAUCUUCCACCUGCACUCCAGGCACCGUGGCAGCCUGUGGCAGGUUCUGUGUGCCUGCUUCCCUCCACACUGGCAGCUGGCCGUGCUCUUUGUUGGCUGCUCAGCCUACCUGGACCUGCAGGAGGACAAUGGACACAGCCACCACCUCACCCUCACCUGCCUGUGCCAGCUGCUGGUCCUUGCCCUCGGGCUGCAGAAGCUCUCAGCAGUGGAGGUGUCAGAGCUGACCGAGAGCUCCAAGAAGAACAUUGCUCACGGCCUCGCCUGGUCCUACUACGUGGGCUACCUGAAAAUAGUUCUGCCACGUCUGAAGGAGUACAUGGAAGAGAUCAGCAGGGCCAACCCCAUUCUGCGGGCACACCGAGACACCUGGAAGCUCCACAUCCUGAUCCCACUGAACUGUGACAUCUGGGAUGAUGUGGAGAAGGCUGACAGCAACAUCCAGUACCUGGCAGACCUCCCCGAGACCACCCUGACCCGUGCAGGCAUCAAAAGGAGGGUCUACAAACACAGCCUGUAUAUGAUCAGAGAUAAGGACAACAAGCCCCGGCCCUGCGUGCUGGAGUUCGCGUCCCCGCUGCAGACGCUGUUGGCCAUGUCGCAGGAUGAGUGCGCAGCCCUGAGCAGGGAGCAGCGGCUGGAGCAGGCGCUGCUGUUCUACAGGACGCUGCGGGACAUCCUGGGCGGCUCCAGGGAGUGUGCGGGGACCUACCGCCUCAUCGCCUACGAGGAACCGGCGGAGGCUGAGAGCCACUUCUUGUCCGGGCUGAUCCUCAGGCACCUGCAGCAGCAGCAGCGUGAGGAGUACAUGGUACAGGAGGAGCACAUGGUGCAGGAGGAGCUGCCCACAGGCUCCUCAGAGCUCAGCCUGCAGGUCAGCGCCUCCGACCUGCCCCAGCCACUGCGCAGUGACUGUCCCUGAGCACCACAUGGCCCCGCACCUCAGCUGCCCUCGGAGCGGCCGCCUGCAGCCCCAGGACCUGCACCAUUUGUGCUGCAUGUUUCUCUGUACAUACAUAAAAGUUGGGUGUUUCCUGCU